AUGUCAUUCUUAUCAUCUCGACUAGCAUCUGCUCGUCCUUUAGCACGCACACUCUUGAGUUCAACAAGCCGUCGUCAAUUCGCAUCCAAAACUGUCGUCGUUGAGCGUGAGUUACCCAAGCCCCCACCACCUUCCAAAAGACGUUGGUUAUGGACAGGUGUUGGUGUAGGUGCUGUUGUUUGGGCCGUUGGCCUUGGAGCUGCUUUAAAUCAUCAGCGACUAUCAAGCAGUGUAGUUCAUGGCACUCUCUUUAUGGUGCGUUAUGAUCCUCGUGUCAUUGCGCUUGUAGGUGAUCAUGUUGAUUAUGCAGAUUCAUGGCCUUGGAUUAGUGGUACUGUCAACCACUUGAAAGGCAAAAUCGACAUUGGAUUUGAUGUCAAGGGAUCCACUGGCGAGGUGGCUCGAGUUCAUUUCAUUUCAAAACGUGGAGGUCAGAAAUGGACUACGGUUGAAUUCACAGUGGUUCGCAAAUCUGACAACAAAUUGAUUGAUAUUGGCCAUCAUGCCUUGACAGAGAAUGGAGAGCCUGUUGUACAUGGUCAAUAA